AGCAGAACACAUUGUACAAGAUGGCCGAUGGUGUAUGCGCUCAGUCACAAGUUGUGUUGACACUAAAAAAGUGAGAUAUUCCCAUGAAAAAAGCAUUAUGAACCUCCCGUAGUGAUUGUUUCUCGCAAGUUUAUCAUCAUAUCUGGACAUUCUUCACUGUUUUACUGUGCUGUCGCCAAGAAAAGUGGGAAAAUCGUUAGCAAAAUGCCCAGUCCCUCGCUGCGUUCACCCCUCUACUCCCUGAGAAGGUCGAAACGGAAGGGCACCAAGAGAGGUGCUGCUGCCAGCAAUAACUCCCGCGUCAACUCUGAUGGGGAAGAAGGGGCAGGUGAAGGAAAUCUCCAAAACAAUGCAUCGUCAGCCAACAAUGAAAAUCCAGUCUCAGGAUCUGUUGCUCCUCAACCUGUUGUCCCUUCGGCUGUUGGUUUAGUCACCGGUGGGGCCUCAGCUGCUGGACACCAACCACCUUAUGAUCUGAGGCGCAAGUCACCACAUCAUGAUCCUGCCGCUGCAGCUGUAGCACCCAACUACCCGUCAGGCUGCAAUCCGAGUGGCAGCCUUUCGUCAAAUUCAGCUUGUGCAGCUGGUCCCAGUGGCUAUGCAACGUGUAUGCUACCUGCAAGAAAGAGGCCGAGAAGAACCUGCUACACAUCAUCUGAGAAUGGCAACUCAGUUGAUGAGCAAAGAAGUGCAGCUCAUUACCUCCAGUAUGAAUUACCUGAUGAAGUUCUCAUAUGCAUAUUCAGUUAUCUGUUUGAGAGAGAUUUAUGUCGGGUCAGUCAAGUCUGUAAACGUUUCCAGAGUAUAGCUAACGACACAGAGCUUUGGAAAACGUUGUAUCAGCGCGUUUUUGAGUACGACACGCCAUUGUUUCACACGGGAAUCUGCAAAUACGAAUUUAUAGCGAUAGAAGAAUCCGAAUACGACAAUCCUUGGAAAGAGAGCUUCAAACAACUCAAUCACGGCGUCCACGUCAGGCCGGGAUUUCAAGAAAAGGCCCUUAAAUACCCGUCACGCUACAAAGGUCGUUCGAUUGCCUAUUUCGAUACGAUCCAGUCGGCGCUGGAAUUUUUCGACGACGCCGAGAGUCCGCUCGUGUUCGUGCACAAGGGAUCCUACCAGCGCGAGUACCUGGUAGUGGAGAACAACGUCAACAUUUUAGGUUGUUCUUCGGGUAACGUGGCCGAAAACGUUACCAUCGAACGAGACACGGAAUCGACGGUGACGUUUAUGGAAGGUGCGAGAUCUUCCUACCUGGGCUACGUCACGCUCAAGUUCAGUCCAGAUAUCUCAUCGUCUGUUCCGCAUCACAAACAUUACUGCCUUGAAAUUGGAGAGAAUUGCUCACCCGUUAUCGACCAUUGCAUCAUCCGCAGCAGCUCCGUCGUGGGCGCCGCUGUAUGUGUAACCGGGUCUGGUGCGGAACCCAUUAUCCGCCGUUGCGACAUAUCCGACUGCGAGAACGUUGGCCUUUACAUCACCGACCACGCUCAGGGUCUUUAUGAGGACAACGAAAUCAGCCGCAACGCUCUGGCGGGCAUCUGGGUGAAAAAUCACGCCAAUCCGGUUAUGAGAAGGAAUCAUAUCCAUCACGGCCGAGACGUCGGCAUCUUCACCUUCGACAACGGAUUAGGCUAUUUUGAGAGUAACAAUAUCCACAACAACAGAAUCGCUGGCUUUGAAGUGAAAGCAGGAGCAAACCCGACUGUGGUGCGGUGUGAAAUCCAUCACGGCCAAACGGGGGGCAUUUACGUUCACGAAUCCGGUCAGGGCCAAUUCAUUGAAAACCGGAUUCAUUCCAACAACUUUGCGGGCGUUUGGAUCACCUCAAAUUCAAAUCCGACCAUCCGUCGGAAUGAAAUCUACAACGGCCACCAAGGCGGCGUUUACAUAUUUGGAGAAGGCCGCGGUCUGAUUGAGCACAACAAUAUUUACGGCAACGCUUUGGCAGGCAUACAGAUCCGCACCAACAGUGAUCCAAUCGUGCGGCACAAUAAAAUCCAUCACGGCCAACACGGUGGCAUCUACGUCCACGAAAAGGGCCAGGGACUCAUAGAAGAAAAUGAAGUUUACGCCAAUACCCUGGCUGGAGUCUGGAUAACCACAGGAUCGACUCCUGUUUUAAGGCGAAACCGAAUUCAUUCUGGCAAGCAAGUGGGUGUCUAUUUUUACGAUAAUGGACAUGGCCGUCUCGAAGACAACGACAUCUUCAACCAUCUAUACAGUGGUGUGCAGAUUCGAACGGGGAGCAAUCCCAUCAUUCGCCGGAACAAGAUUUGGGGUGGACAAAACGGCGGAGUUCUCGUCUACAAUGGAGGACUCGGCCUGUUGGAACAGAACGAAAUCUUUGAUAAUGCAAUGGCUGGAGUCUGGAUAAAAACAGAUUCGAAUCCAACAUUAAAGCGCAAUAAAAUCUACGACGGAAGAGACGGUGGAAUCUGCAUCUUUAACGGUGGUAAAGGAAUCUUGGAAGAAAACGAUAUCUUCCGCAACGCGCAGGCCGGAGUUUUGAUCUCAACGCAAUCGCACCCGAUCCUUCGGCGAAAUCGUAUUUUCGACGGGCUAGCGGCGGGCAUCGAGAUUACUAACAACGCGACGGCCACAUUAGAAUUCAACCAGAUCUUCAACAACCGAUUUGGGGGACUGUGCCUGGCAUCGGGUGUCACACCUAUUUGUAAAGGGAACAAGAUCUUCAAUAACCAAGACGCGGUUGAAAAGGCCGUGAAUGGUGGUCAGUGUCUUUACAAGAUCUCUUCCUACACAUCUUUCCCAAUGCACGAUUUCUACCGCUGUCGCACCUGCAACACAACGGACCGGAACGCUAUCUGCGUCAAUUGCAUCAAAACGUGUCAUGCCGGGCACGACGUGGAGUUUAUCCGUCACGAUCGCUUUUUUUGCGACUGCGGGGCCGGCACGUUGACCAAUCAGUGCCAACUACAGGGAGAGUCUACGCAAGACACCGACACACUUUACGACUCGGCAGCGCCCGUAGAGUCUCAUACAGUGAUGGUCAAUUAACAGGUCGUCGUUCAACAUCUUAUGGCACCUAUUCGAGUUGAAGCCAGCGGUGAGCAGACAUUUAAUUGUCUUCUAUUGGCCGCAUCGUAGUGGAUCGAGGAUGUGUGUUUUUACUAACGUUGGUGAAACGGAGCUUGUGCCUCGCCCUCCGGACAUCUGCUACCUUCAUCAUCUGCGAACGCGUUUAUCCUUUUGUAAACGACGGAGCAAAAAGUGUAGAAUCAAAACGGUUGCUCGUAUUAAGCCGACACCGAAAAUAUUCGGGUUUGAGAUAUUGUCAGAAAAGAUUUGGCCCCCAUCAUAUUAAGGACGCUAUUAUGGUGUGAAAUAACUUGAUCGACACACCAACAUAUUCAAAUCUUUAUUUUUUCCCCUUUCCUUUGUUAAUUGUCUUUAGUUUCGCUAGUGUUUUUUUUCUCUCCUCCAUUUGAAUUGAAUGCCGAUAUAAUUGUGUGCCUGUGUCUCUUGCGUCCGUAUGGUUUGGAGCGUCACAGUUCGUGUUGGAGGAAAACAAAAUCCCAACUAGUUGGCCUUGAGCAACUGAUUUGUGCGCGUGUCUAUUUUGUGUGUGUGUGUGUUUUAGUGUGAGAGCCACGGAAGUGAUGGCCUUUCGGGACAAGGAAAAAAAAAAGGAAAAUUUAUUGAGCGACUCCAAUAAGUGCUCUAUGUCCGGUGUCAGUUUUUGUGGUCAAGUGGCGUGAGUUAACGCGCAGCUUCCAGAAACUACACAAAGUGCCAUGUCCUCUCUUCUCAGAUUGUUGUCCCAAUCUCUUCUGUAUUUUGCCAGCCCAAGUUCAGCACACGGCAGUUCUUGUUCGGAAGCAAAAGUGUCGACCGAAAUUUUCUGUGAAUAGCAUUGCUUAUUACCUAUUUUUUCAUUUUUGUUAUACUGAGACGUGCAAGGGCUAUCACUCCUGUCGUCUUGUGCUGAAUGCCACCUGUUCAUCAACCGUUGGCCUGUAAACUGGUUUAGUCUCUUGAUUGUCUCGUUAUUUUUCAUGCCCCCCCCCCCACUCCCCUUCGCACUCAAUUCUGUUUUGGAAUUGUCUCUUCGCCUUGAAAACGGAAGAAGAGGCUGAAAGUAGUAUGAAUUAGUUCAGGCCAAACCGUCGACUGAUCAAUGUUUUUUCUCGUAUUUUGUGAAAGAAAAAAGUGAAAAGUUAUAUUUUUCUCCUAAUGUUCAAAUCGUCAUCGUCGCUUAAUCUCGUUUUCUUCUUUGUUCAUUUUGUUCUGUUUUCUCUAUCGCAACCGCACGAUGCAAGAUGGCAAUUGAAAUGGUUUUACGAAAUAAUUUCAUGCUUAAGACUUUUGAAAUGUAAGGUAAACCGUCUCUAUCCCCGACUACUUUGCCACCGUGUCGUCAUCAUUUUGAAUCCGAAUAUAUACCGCGUGUGUAGACUUGUUUCCUGAAAAUGUUUUUGUACAGUUUUGCAAUAUUGAAUGUUUGAAUUAGUUGUGUGAGCAUCUUGUUGAUUUCCCUAUUUCCAUUACCUUUCUUGCCUGAUUAUGUUUUCGAAGUACAACACGUUUCUUUCAGCUUCCCUUACCACUAGAUAGAUUUUUCCCAUCGCCAUUUUCCGUUUUGUUGAUCCCCAUCUUCAGAGGUAAAUUUUUUUUGUACGACCCAACUUUUGUUUCGCGAUGACUGUAUAACAACAGUAGAACGGCGUAUGAGAAUAUAUACAAGAUUGCGUACUA